AUGCGCCGCGUCGUUAUCAUCUUUGCUGGUUUAACUGGCCUGGCCUUAGGGAAUAGUCGCGUGCUGAACUUCGUAGUCAAUGGAGCUUCCUAUCAAGGCUUCAACCCGCAUUCGACAACCCCAAAAGUCCUGGCAGCGUGGGGCACGUGGGUCAAGAACGACGGCUGGGCCGGCACAGAAAGCUACGGCAAGCCAGACAUUGUAUGCCAUACGAACGCUACCAACGCGCAAGGCCACGUUCCCUUUACUGCCGGAACCACCAUCGGCUUCCAGUGGCAGGGCUGGCCCGAGUCUCAUCACGGCCCAGUGUUGACGACGACGUACUUGGCAUACUGCGGGGAAGAGGCCGGAUCCUGCGAGGCCGCCGACAAGACAAGACUAAACUUCUUUGCCAUUGACAAGUUUUGCAACUGCGUGGGGAACAUGGGCGACCGACAUCCUAUCCGGAACAACGCCAGCUGGACGGUGCAGAUUCCGCCCAAGGUCGUGCCGGGACACUACGUCCUGAGACAUGAGAUCAUUGCGCUGCAUUACGCGAGGGAUUCCGAACAGGGCGCGCAGCAUUACCCUCAGUGCAUCAACAUCGAGAUUGCGGGUGAAGGUAACGAUAAGCCGUCGGGCACCUUGGGGACAGACUUGCAUCGGCCUGCAGAGGAAGGCCUGCUCUACGACAUUUCCCACUCGCCUACUGGGACGUACAACAUCCCGGGUCCGACAGUCUACGCCGGGGCGACGGCUUUUGUAUCGCAAAUCGAGAUAGUCGUCAAGUCCUCGGCGACUGCGAUACCCUGUGACGCAGUGUCGACCGGAACGUAA